GGGGGAGCGGUGAGGGGCGCGGCGCUGCCGGAGCUGCGCGCGGGUCUCGCGUGGGUUGGUUUGGAGCGCGGGGGCGCGCGCGGGCAGUGCCGGGAGCGCGCAGGGGCCGGGCCAGGGCGGCGGCGCUCGCGUCUCCACCUUGCCGAGAAGACACUGGACGCUGCUUUCUUUGUAGCAGGGGAAAAUCUGAGCUCCUCCGCCGCUCAGGAUGGGGAAAGAUUAUUAUUCUAUCCUGGGGAUCGAGAAAGGGGCUUCUGACGAGGAUAUCAAAAAGGCUUACAGAAAACAAGCCCUGAAAUGGCAUCCGGACAAGAACAAAUCUCCCCACGCAGAAGAAAAAUUCAAGGAGGUUGCAGAAGCUUACGAAGUGCUGAGUGAUCCCAAAAAGAGAGACAUUUAUGAUCAGUUUGGGGAGGAAGGUCUGAAAGGAGGAGCUGGAGGAUCCGAUGGACAGGGCGGUACCUUCCGGUACUCCUUCCACGGCGACCCCCACGCCACGUUUGCGGCUUUCUUCGGUGGCACAAACCCCUUCGAGAUCUUCUUUGGGAGGAGGAUGCCCGGUGGCAGAGACACUGAAGACAUGGAGGUGGACGGUGACCCCUUUGGAUCCUUCACCACCUUCAGCAUGAACGGCUUCCCGAGGGAAAGGAAUACAGUCGGCAGCCAGGUCCGCCGUAAACAGGAUCCGCCCGUGAUCCACGAACUCAAAGUGUCCCUGGAGGAGAUUUACCACGGCUGCACCAAGAGGAUGAGGAUCUCCCGCAAAAGGCUCAACCCCGACGGCAGAAGUGUCCGAACAGAGGACAAAAUCCUCACCAUCGAGAUAAAAAGAGGGUGGAAAGAAGGCACCAAAAUCACUUUCCCCAAAGAAGGCGACGAAACCCCCAACACGAUUCCCGCCGAUAUUGUUUUUAUCAUUAAGGAUAAACCUCACUCUCAUUUCAAGAGAGAUGGAUCAAACAUUGUCUAUCCUGUUAAGAUCAGUUUAAGGGAGGCUUUGUGUGGCAGCUCGUUCAACGUGCCGACGAUAGAAGGAAGAACCAUCCCCAUGACGGUAAACGAAGUGGUAAAGCCCGGCAUGAGAAGGAGGAUUAUAGGAUAUGGUUUGCCAUUCCCCAAAAAUCCCGACCAACGUGGAGACUUAAUUAUAGAGUUUGAAGUCGUUUUCCCAGAUAACAUUUCUCCAGCCUCAAAAGAAGUGCUUAGGCGAAAUCUUCCCGUUUCGUAAAGUGCAGGACUGUGUUUGUCAACAGAUUAAAAAUAGGACACUGGAAAUGCAGAAGACUGGCAAGUCUGUGCUUUUUAAAAGUGCAAUCUGUAACAACUAGUGGAAUCUUUGUUUUUUUUGUUUUGUUUUGUUUUAUGGGAUGGGUGGGGGGGAGUACUGUAAUGCUGCAUGAGAAGAAAAGGGUUCAAGUACAAGUCAUACAGGUGAAAAUUCUGCAGUAAAAUUUACAGGGAAAACCACUCCUUUUGUUUUACAUCUUCCUAAUCAGCAAAAUUUAUUCAUUAUUUUGCUUACUAUAAAAUGCAGUAAUUUUUUUACAAUAUUUCUGAUACAGUACUUGAGCCUCCAAGUACUUUAUUUCUUAUAUCCUUACCCUGUCUAUAACAUUACACAUUUAUACAGAAGUUGGAGAUAGUACUAGAAAUACACAGAUAUAUAAAUAUUGAAAAGAGCAAAACAUGAAAGAGAUCAUUUGAGUUUGUUGCCUUCCACUGCACAAAGCAGAGGCUGGCAAAAUCAGGUUGGACUCCUGAACCAAUCCCCCAGUGCCACGAAAGCAUUCUCCCUGUUGUCCCAGAAAUGUCAGCACUGCACUGUGAGCACAGGGCACGUGGAAUUCCAGGCCCCUGAGACCAGAGGGCAAGUCUGGAACCCUGGCAGUGCAGGACCAAGUUGGGGUGCACUGGAACUGGAAGUCUGUGAGCUGACAGGUUGCACCCAAGCGUUGAGGGAAAUGCCACUGCAAGGCCACUCUUACUUAUCUUUGGUCAUGGAGAUGGAAAGAUGUUCCAGUAAGAGAGAAAAUAUCACUUUUCAAGAGGAACAAGAAGGAAGUUAAUCAGUUUCACCUCAAACCAUGGUAAUGUGAUGGAAAAAAUCCCCCUGGAAUGCAUUUCCAGCAGGUGAUCAGGAACGUUCAGCACCGCUGUACAGUGGGGAAAUGUUGCUUGACCAGUCUCAUUGCCAUCUCCAGUGAGCUUUGGGGAUGUCAGGAGAACAGUCCGUGGUGUUUGCCUUUUACAUCUGCAGGCAGGCUGAUGAAGUACAGGUCAGGUGAAGUGGAAAGUGAGGUGGAUUUAAAAGCUGGCCAGAUGAGUGGGCACAAAGUGCAGAUGGAGGCAAGUCAGUACUGGUGUCCCCAGUGACUCAGGACUGGGGCCAGGACUACUCAGCAUCAUUAACCACCUGAAUUACGGGAUGGAGUUUCCAAAUCAUAUGAAACGUGGGAGGAGUGGCUGAUGUACUGCCUUUCUGAGGGACCCCAGCAGGCUGGAGAGCUGGACAGAGGAUUCUCACCAAGUCCAGCGAAGGGGAAUGCAGCUGACCAACAAACUGACUGUGAGCCAGCACUGCAGCCUUGUGGCAACAAAGGCCAGAGCUCUGCUAGCAGAUGGAGGGAGAUGAUCUCUGGCAGCCCUGAUGAGGACACAGCUCGAGUACUGGACCCCCCAGCCCUUGGAAGAUACAAAUUUGGUGGAGUGGCUCUAGCAAAGGAUCAUCCAUGAGAGGCUGAGCUGGAGCUCUGAGCCUGGGGGAGAUCUUGGUACCCGAUGUGAGAGGAUGAAGGUGGAGGAGCCAGGCUCUGCUCAGUAGCUCUCAGUGACAGGGGGAUUCCAUCUGAAAUACAAGGGAACACCUUUCUGCUGUGAGGAUGGUGAGGAGUUGCCAUCCCUGCAGAUACUCAAAGCCUGAGUGGAGAUGUUCCUGGGCAGCCUGCUCCAGCUGGGCAUGCACGAGCAGGGGUGCUGCACUACCUAAUGCCAAGGGGUUUCUGCCAUCCUAAACCGUUCUGUGAACUUGGCCUUGGCACUUUUCUCCAGCCAGCGCUCUGAGCCACGUUCUGCAGAGGAGGCCUGGCCCAAAGGUGGGGGGUACUGGUGACAGUGGCCUGGGGAGCAGCUCUGUGCUGCAGUGGAAAGCUGCACAAAGGACCCUCUGAAAGCAUUUGGCUAGGGCAGGUGGGCAGAGAUCAUGCUGAGCUUAAGCAUUCGUUAUUUUCAGAGGCCAAAUUGUACUCCCACAUGAAGAAGAAGGAAGAGCCCAGUUCCUAAGGAAAGUUUGCUUAAAACACAAAGUGGGAUAGGGGUUGCCCAUAAACUUUCAUAACUGAGUCUUUUUUUGAAUCCAAACAUGAGUUAGUUGUCUUUAGAGUUUAAAAGAUGCAGAGAGAGAUGGAGAGCCCUCUGGAAUAGUCUAGUUUUAUAAUACAGUAAUAGGGCUGGUUCCCUUGAUUGUGGCAUGGUAUUGGGGAAAGAAAUGCCUUGUGGGCAUGCUUUAUUACUUGAGUUUAAAACCAGAAUACAGUGCUUUAACAAUACUUUCAAAGGGGUUUUUGUUGUUGUUGUUUUGUUGGUUUUUUUCAUAAGAAAAUACGUAAGAUUUGCUGUCAGCCUUUUGCCUGUGGAAAUUUAGAAGCUACCUGCUGUCUUAGGUAGCCUAAGAAAUAGCAGUGUUACAGAUGUGAUUCUCUGCGGGAGAGUAAAUCAGAUGGAAGCUGGGAUUUAAUUUACAAUAACUGUUUAACGAGCACAAGAAGCAUCCCAUUUCUGUUACUCAGAGGAAUAGAAUUCCUGGGAGAUAUUGUUCAAAUCAAAUUUUUUGACUGCAGUAUCAGUUGUAGCUCUAAAUCCUACAGGGAUUAAACAAUUGCUGGAGCAGUAUCAUCACAAAUUAAAAAAAAAAAAAAAAUUGCUGCUUAGUGCUUCUGCAUAUUGUCAACACUAUAUAUUGUUUGUUCCCCAAAUUUCCAUUUCAGCGUGUUCCGUAUUGCAUUUCUUACCGUGGUUUUUAAGUAAAAAGUGUAAAGUUGGGUUUUUAACAUUCUCUUCUGUUUUGUUACGAUGGCAAAUGCUACAGGCGACACGACUUCACAAGCAUAUCAUCCUAAAAUACCUGUUUGUCAGUUCAAGAGCUAAUAGAACCGAGCAUUUUGUAAUCCAGGAUCUUGUAAUGAUAGUCCAACUUGUAAAAAAAAAAGUUACAGCAACUAGGACUAUUUUUUGUAACUAUCUUCAGGCGAGGGGAGUAGUGUUACAUUGAAGAAUUGCAGUAUCUUGUGUAUUUAGAGGUGUAUAUAGAUUAUAUAUAUAUAUAUGUAUAGCAAACUAAACUUUUCCAACUGUUUUCAAGCUCAAAGUAUAAAACUUCUAGGACUGGUAUGAAAUAAAUGCUUGUAUUUCUUUUCUUAUGGAGAGUUGACAAAGUAUAUAUUUCAGAAAACAGCAUGUAGAAUUACUUCCAAAUCUGAGAGGAAGCAUUAAUAUCUAUCUAAUCCAGGAUUCACAAAAAAAAAAAUAUUUUUCUAAUCAAAAAUGUGCUUAAAAGCUAUGUUUUAAAACCCAUUUGAUUAUUUAAUAAAGGCAACUUGGGAGAAGGAAGCAAAUACUCAGUCACCUACUAUAUUUGUAACUCCUGAAAUACAUGGAAAUAAAAUGGUCGUUCAUGAA